AUGUGCCCUCGGGUGAAGACCAAGCCCCACCUGGGCUGGAGAGCUGCUGGCCUCCUGCUGCUGCUGCUAGCUCUGGCCACAGUCGGCGCUGUGGCUGGGGGGCUGCUGGGCUUUGCUCGGACCCCUGAGACACAGCAGCAAGUUCUCCGGCUGACCCUCCCGAGCCACCGGCUGCCCAGGGCCAACCAAACCACCCUGGUCGAUGAGGCCCGAAAUUUAGCGACCAUAAUGGUGACGCCGCCUCAUAGCAACCGGAGCUGGGCCGUGCUAUUUGACGGGCAGAGCGGCUGUAUCUGUUACCGCCCCUCGGAACACCAGGCCUGCUUCCUCCGCCGAAUGGAGGCCCAGGACCAGGAGGCCCUGCAGCUACUGCUCAACAGCUCCAGGGCCCAGGAGCCCUGCUGCCCCAGCCCCACUGCCCCCCAUGCCCAGGAGCUGCUAGCAGUGCUUGGGAGCCGUGCACUGGACCCUGCUCAGGUCGGGCCUUCCGUGCGGCACCUCUGUGCUAAGACCCCCAUCUACUGGGCCCGUCGAGCUGACAGGCCCCCGAGGCAGCGGCUCAUCUACCUCUGCAUUGACAUCUGCUUCCCAAGCCACAUCUGUGUGUCCGUCUGCUUUUAUUACCUCCCGGACUGA